AUGAAGUGCCUACUCCGGCGUCUCUCCCGCGUGGCCGCGGCCGACGCGUGCGCCGCCGCCGGGUACCAGCCGCUCCGGCCGGACGUCGCGGCCGCGUCCGCCAAGGCGGCAUCGCUCUCCGGCGCGCGGCGGCUGGGCGGCGGCGCGCGCGUGCCGGAAGGCCACGUGCCCGUCUGCGUCGGCGAGGAAGGCGGGCCCGUGGAGCGGUACGCCGUGCGCGCCGAGCUGCUCGGCCGCCCGGCCUUCGCCGCGCUGCUCCGACGCGCCGCGCAAGAGUACGGGUACGGCCACCCCGGCGCGCUCCGCAUCCCCUGCCCCAUCGCCGACUUCCGCGACCUCCUCGUCCAGCUCUCCGCCUCCGCCUCCGCCUCCGCCUGCGCCGCCGCGGACCACCCCGACGACGACGACGCGGCGCUCUGCUACUACUACUAG